AUGUCUAGUGUUCCUUAUGCCAACGUUGUUGGCUGUUUGAUGUAUGCUAUGGUCUGCACUAGGCCGGUUAUUGCGCACGCUGUCAGUGUUGUGAGUAGGUUCAUGGCUCGACCUGGGAGAGAGCACUGGCAAGGGGUGAAAAGGAUUUUUCGCUAUUUGAGAGGAACAUCUGAUAUUGGUCUUGUGUAUGGAAAUGGUAAGGAGUGUUUGGUAACUGGAUAUAGUGAUUCUGAUUAUGCAGCUGAUGUGGAUACCUGGAGGUCGGUGACCGGAUAUGUGUUUACUUUGGGUGGUUCUAUGGUGAGUUGGAAGUCUACAUUGCAGUCUUCGGUUACGUUGUCUACUACUGAAGCUGAGUACAUAGCUUUAACUUCUGCAGCUAAGGAGUCUAUAUGGCUCAAAGGCUUUGUAGGUGAACUGGGUAUCGCACAAGAUUUUGCUACGGUGUAUUGUGAUAGUCUAAGUGCCAUUUGCUUAGCUAAAGACCAAGUACACCAUGAUCGGACCAAGCACAUUGACAUCAGGUCUUGGUUGAAGACCUGUCGGGAUGAGUCUUGGUUGAGGACUUACCGGGAUGUACGGUUUAUGCAUGAGCUUUACAUCGGGUUUUGGCUUGAGAUAUGUUCACUAUGUGUUGAUGAGGUCGUUUGCUGA